AUGGCGACGAAUAAGCGCAUCAACCGCGCGGCGAUGGCGCAGCUCGACGAGGCUCUCCACGCCGUCGCCGACUGCGACCGAGCGGUGUGGACCCUGAAGCGGAGCAUCGGCGAGUGCCGCUCCGCGCUCGGCGCGGGUUCGUUCGCGUCGACCGCCGCGGAGGCUCGGGCGAUCGCGCGCGCGCUGGCGAUGUGCGCCAGGAGCAUCGACGCCGCGGUCGCUUCGGCGCUCGCGGAGAGCGUCGCCGCCGCGGAGAAGGCUCCGGGGGGGUCCGUCGCCCGGGGAUCGAGCUCGAGAGGGGCGCGAACAAACUCCCGCGACGGAGGGGGAUCCGGCGGAGGAGGAUCCGCCGCGACCACGCCCGCCGCGCGAGUUCGCCCCACCUCCGCGCCCCUGGACAUGGACAGCCCCGCCGCCGCGCGGCUCGUCGCCGCGGCGCGCGAGACGGUCACGAUCCACCUCGUCCGCCCCGCCCGCAGGCCGCCGCGCGCGGCGGUCCCGGCCGACCCCGACGAAAACGGCCGAGUCAACAACGACGACGACGACGACGAAGACGUCUUCUUCGACGACGUCGCGACGAGCGCCGCGGGGAGGCCGCCCGUCGGACCCGCGCGAGCCAAGCCCGUGUCGUUCCAAUUCCAGCGACGCGUGCGAGAGGGCGGCGGCGUCGGCGGCGUCGACGCCGCGGCCGCGGGCGAGGGAGCCUUCGAAGAGCUCCUCCCGGCGAUCCAAGAAAAGCUCGGCUUGGCCACGCACGUGAUCGAGGUGGUGGCCGCGGCGGACGGCGUCGCGAGACGCUCCGACGCGGAUUUCGUCGACGGCGAAGUGUGCGUCGUCUACUCCGCCGCCGACGGACGCCGCCGACGCGGACGAGGGGACGGAGGGGCGUCGACGGUCGACGACUCGAUCGGCGGCGGCGCCACAGCCGGCGACGACCGAGCCGACGAUGGAGCCAAAGCCUGCGGAGCUCCCCGCGCGCGAGAGAUGCGCAGGGAUAGCCUCGCGCGGCUCGCCGCGCCGUCCGCGCGUUCCUCGCGCGUCGUCGUCAACCUCAUCCCGACGUCGCUCCGCCGGAGGGCGCUCGAGGGUCGCCUCGGGGCGGACGACGACGACGAAGGCACAAGCGCGGCGGCUCGGCCGUGGACGGAGGUGACCCUUCCCGCGUCGUGCAGCACGCGCGUCGAGGCCCUGCGGCGGUGCGAGGACGCGCUUUAUCGCGCCGAGAGGAUCGUCACGCCGCUGCUGGGGCUCUACGCCGGGGACGGGACGCACCUGGAGGGCGUCGAGGGGUUGAAGAACGGCGACGUGUUGCUCUAUCGCACGGCUAAGGAACCGGUGCCUGAUUCCGCGGCGGGCGGCGGCGGCGACGCGGGGGAAUCGCGCGCGAUGCGCCGCGCGAGGGCCGCGUCCCUCGCCGCGCCCAAGGCGGAGUGGUCGCAAUCGUUCGAGGUGUCGGUCGUUCGCGUCGGCGAGGGGGGUGCCGAGGGGGGUGCCGAGUCCAUCGGUGCUCGUCGCGCGAUGCGACUGCCAACCCGCGGCCUCGAGAACAUGUCGCUCUCGCAGCUGAGCCGGCGGAUCCGCAUGGCGUGCGCGCUGUCCCCGGACACGGACGUCGAGGCGGUGUACGCCAUGCCCGCCGCGGAGAGGGUGGAGCACCCGGCGCAGCUGGCGGGCGUCGCCUCGAUCGCUUACGCGCUCGAGGGGGACGAGCCACCGAGAAAGCCGGCGCCCUCCCGAGUCGUCGGUUCGAGGCGAAAAAAAGUAUCCCCCGGCGGCCGUGGGGUGUCCGCAUCCGGCGUCGGCGGACGAGGCGGCGGUGGAGGGACGGUGUUCAGGCCGGCGUCCGCGAGGAGGCCGACCACCGCGCCGCCGUUAAACCCUCAACCCUCAACCAAAACCCUGAGCCCUGGGCGUGGAUUUGGGUUUGGUUCCACGGUUCGGUUCGCGGGUGACGAAUACCUGCCGUCCGCGAUGGCCAAGACGGCCAAGGAGAGCUCCAAAAAGGCGGCGCGGACGCAGGCGUCGCAGCUCCAGCUCGGCACUGCCUUCGACGGCCUCGUGACGUCCGCCAUCACCCCGAGGUCGUCCGCGGAGAAGCUUCUGGUGAACAACCCCAUGGGACGGAAAACUCAACCGCCGACGAAGCCGACGACGACUGAACCGGCGGAAUCCGUCGACGCUUCUUCGCCCCCCGUGCGCGAGCGAUGGGUCGACGUCGAGGGCAUGGACGCGUGCACGAUGAGCGCCAAGAACGCGGCGGCGGCGGCGGCUUGGGCGGAGUACCACGAGCGAAACGCGUGGCCGUCGCCGGAGCUGCGGAGAAUCGCCGAGCUGGGGUACGUGCCGGCGUCGAGCUCGCCGGCGUCCGCGGAGCCGACGAGUCGACACCUCCAGGGGUAG